AGUUGUGCUUAAACUUUCCCAUCACUGCGCUGGUCCACAGCCUCCUCUAUAACAGGCUGGAGCACAGCCUCAGGCAGCAGAAUAAGAGAGACUGCCUUGCUCAGAUCACCUGGAGAACACACACUCACACACCUCACAUCACGUAGCCUCUGGAUUCCUUUGGGCUCAGUUCUGGUUGAUUCAAAAACUUUAAAUGAGUUCGGUGGAGAUAAGAAGAGAGAAGACAAGGAGUUUUGUUUUUUUUUAGGGAAGUGACACAUGUUGGAGAGUUGAUUUGGUGAAAUUUUUCCUCAACGUACAGAAGACGUCAACAUCUGGGGGUCACUGCUUGAUUGGUGCUUGGCUGCUGUUUGGUUUUAUUUCAUAGCAGCCUGGACACUUUGCCUGAACUUUGUCAGUCUUUAAGUACUGAGAGGACAGAAGCAAGAGGCCAGUCUGAGAAAAAGACAUCGUUGUUGGGAGAAUUACAAGGAUGUUGUGUUCAAGGAGGAUUCUGCAGCAGUGGUGUUUGGCUGUGUUUUUAUUGUGUUCUCCUGUGCCACACUACGGCAGGCCCAUCGACGCCCUCAGCAACAGAAUGAAGCGGUCAGUGACACAUGCCCAGCUGAUGCACGACAAGGGUCGAACACUGCAGGACUUCAAGCGGCGCAUGUGGCUGCAGGAGUUGCUGCAUGAAGUGCAUACAGCCGAGCUCCGUGAAGUGCAGCAGCGUGGCGGAGUCAGUGGUGGAGGCGGGGCUAUCAGUGUAGGAGUUCCCAUGGGUGUAGGCAUGGGCAUCAGUCUGAGCCCGGGCACAGCUAACCCUAAGCCCGCUGGCGGCACCAAGAACCUGCCAAUCAGCUUCAGCCCAGAAGACGAGGAGGGCACCAACCUGCCGCAAGAGACCAACAAGUCACAGAUAUACAAAGAUGGAGCACCCAAGGCCGGGAUCAAGAAGAAGAAGAAAGGAAAAGCAGGAAAGCGAAGGGAAGGAGAGAAGAGGAAACGGCGAACCCGUUCACUGAACAGGCCAAUGGCUAUCGAACCAGACAAUGGCUUCCACCUGGAGCAGCGAAUACACACGGCCCAGCAAGCAGCGGUGCACUAGAACACUGUCAGUCUCUGACAACGAUUCGUAAGGACAUUAGACGUUAUAUAUAUGGACACCAAAAUGCUCAUGUUGCAGUAAUCACUGUAAUGGUGAUAGUUGGAAGAGUUGCUAGCAAAAAUAUUUAUUGUAUGUAAAUAUUCUCAAUUAGUGAUAAACGAAUAAUAAAGAUAAUGAUGAAACAUUAUCCCAUUGCUCUGUGGGGCUAUAGAUUUUGAUCUUUGUGAAUACUUUG